AUGUAUAUCUGAUACAAUUUUAUGCGUAACAUUAAAUGUGUGUUAGUGCUUUAAAGUUACAGUAGUGGCAACGCGACAUAACCUCUUAACGUAACAAUUUACAAUUUUUCAUAAAUAAUCCCAAUUAUUUCUAAAGUAAAAUUGCUAUUUCAUCAUUUACGUGUAGUAUCAAAGAUUAUCUAGUAAACUAUUGACUCUCGAACAAACUAUAUACAAGUGUUUGGCGUGUCGGUAUAUUUUUCAUCAUUUUAUUCAUUAUGACUCAGUAUAGAAUAAUUGCUUCAGUUGACCCUUCUAUGUAAUCUUAUAGUCUUUCGGAAUAACUUGUAAAAAUUCAGCGUAGUUUCUUCGGAAACAAAUCCGUAAACGAAAUUUUAAGCAGUGCUGAAAGAGUUCAGAAUAUUCGAGGCGAGUGGUGCGCAAUUGGCCCUCAACGAGGGAGAAUCGAAAGCGUCGAAAGUAACGAGUCAUCUACCGAUUCAAGAUGGCAGAAGGCGAGGAUACUCGAAAGAAAAUUACUAUUAAUGUUCAAACGUCAAAAGAAAAACAAAGCGUUGAAAUUGAAGAGGAUGCAAGUAUUAAAGAUUUUAAAGAUGCAGUUUCCAAGAAGUUCAAUGCUCAAACUGAACAGUUGUGUCUCAUCUUUGCUGGAAAGAUUAUGAAAGAUCAUGAAAAUUUGAGUACGCAUAAUGUCAAGGAUGGAUUGACAGUACAUCUGGUUAUUAAAGCACCGCGUGCUCCUACUAAUCAGAAUCAAGAUUCAUCUCUGUCUCAAAGAUUACAAGCUGAUAUAAGUGCAAGUCCUUUUGGAUUAGGGAGUUUGGGAGGACUUCCAGGCUUGGAAUCUCUUGGUUUAGGAUCUGCUAAUUUCAUAGAUAUGCACCAACGUAUGCAACGUGAAUUAUUAUCAAACCCAGAAACGAUGCGUCAAGUACUUGACAAUCCGUUAGUACAAAGUUUGAUGAAUGAUCCAGAAAAUAUGCGUAAUUUGGUUACCGCUAAUCCUCAGAUGCAAGAAUUGAUGCAACGUAAUCCAGAAAUUAGUCACAUGUUGAAUAAUCCUGAAUUAUUAAGACAAACAAUGGAAUUGGCACGUAAUCCAGCAAUGCUUCAAGAACUUAUGCGUUCCCAUGACAGAGCUUUAUCUAAUUUAGAAAGUAUUCCUGGUGGUCAUAGUGCACUUCGUCGGAUGUACCGCGAUAUUCAAGAACCUAUGUUCGCAGCAGCAGCCAAUGAACAUAAUCCUUUUGCAGCAUUAGUAGAAAAUAGCAAUAAUCAAGAUGGUCAAGCUAAUCCGCAACAGGGUCAAGAAAACAGGGAUCCAUUGCCAAAUCCUUGGGCUCAAAAUCAGAGCGAUUCUUCUAAUCAGCAUCAAGGAAGAGGUCUACUGGAUUCACCAGGAAUGCAAAGUCUUACAGCUCAAAUGAUGGAGAACCCCCAAUUGAUGAGAAACAUGUUAAAUGCUCCAUACACAAGAUCAAUGUUGGAAGCUAUGGCAGCAGACCCAUCUAUAGCCAGCAGAAUGAUUUCUACUACUCCAUUCUUUCGGGCAAAUCCACAAAUGCAGGAACAAUUACAAACAAUGAUGCCUGUAAUCAUUCAACAAAUGCAAAAUCCUCAAAUGCAGAAUGUUGUCACUAACCCUGAUGCUUUAGCCGCACUUAUGCAGGUUCAACAGGGUAUAGAACAAUUACGUACAAUUGCUCCAGAACUUGUUGGAAGUAUGGGAUUGUCUAUGCCUCCGUCAACAGCGACGACAACAUCACCAUCACCGCCAUCAAAUGCGAGUGUAACAAGUUCAAAUACACCAACUACACAGUCAACUGAUACAAAUCAGCAAGAUGCAUUUUCUCAAUUCAUGGCUCGUAUGGUAUCGGCAAUGGCAUUAAAUCAAGGUGUAGAUGGUCAGUCUGCUACCCUCCCACCUGAAGAACGUUACAGAGUACAGUUAGAACAGCUUACUGCUAUGGGUUUUGUUAAUAGAGAUGCUAACUUACAAGCCUUAAUUGCCACAUUCGGAGAUAUAAAUGCUGCUAUUGAACGGCUACUGUCUAAUGGACAAGUGUCUAUGAGCUAACCACCAAUAUGCAAUACCGUUAUUCCAUUACUAUUUCUAAUUUUUUCCUUAUUUACCUCUUACAACAGGCGUGGUGAGAGAUAUUUGAGGUAACUGACUGUCAGAAAAAUUAUAAACUUCUACCCCAAAUCUUGACAGAAUACACGCUACUAAUUCGUUUAAUAUGCAUUUUUAUUUUGGAUUGGUACUUUAUCUUAUUCGAUAAUACAAGUACUGAAUAUCUAAAUGUUUAACUUGUUCACGUAUCCCACUCUUGAAAUUUCUAGUUUAAUUCUGUAUUCUGUAUUUCUCGAUGUGCUCUAAGUACUAGAUAGCUCUGUUAAUGUAUUUCGUCGGUGUAAAUUUGUUUAUCGCAUAUUCGAAGAGAAUUACAUUAGAUCAUAAUGCGAAGGUCAUAUCCUUCUUCUUUGUUAUUGUACAUUUAUGGUGUUUCUUAGAAACAGUGGAACCUGCAUGGAAAAUAGAUUGCCGUUAAUAAAAGUGCUUUUGGCUUGAUCGAUCGAUUGUAAAUUUUAUGGAAGGUCACUUUUUCUUUUUUGCUUACGUGUACGUAAUCAUACUAGUAAGUGUAUUGCAUGAAACGUUGAUAUGUUUACAACAGAAAUGGGUAUGGGGUAAUUAUUAAUUAAAUAACGUUUGGUGUAUAGAAAUAAAUGACGUCGAAAUGCAAAAAUCGAAGGUUUCUCAACUGUCAAAAAUUAUAAUUCGAUUAUUCCAUCUAAUCGAAGAAAAAGUGUUCGGUGAUGCAUUAGUGUUUUCCAUGUAAGUUUCGUACGUAUGGCAAAAAGAAGCGAAUUUUCCUUUUUUUGUUUCUUCUUUAUGCCGACGCGUAUUGUUUUCAUUUAUUUCGUUUCCCUUUCUAUUUUGUAUCGUUCGUAUAUUAAAAAAAAAAGUACUAUGCACUAUAUGUCUUACAAUACAAAUUUAGAGAUUUGUAGCGUGAUGAUUGAGAAUAUUAUGGUGUAGGUUGUUUAUAGAGAAACGCGCGAAAAAGAUCGAUUUAACGAAAUAUCACAUGUAAAUGUGUUAAACUGGAUAUGUAAUCGUCGGUUAGGUAAUAAGAUAUAUUGAAACAAAAAAGGUAAAUGUUGUAAAUUAUCUUUAUUGAGAGAAAAAAAAAACAGUUAUAAUUUUAAUACUUUUAAUUGUUGUACGAUUACAUAAACACCCAUGCGCAUUAUUAUAAAGUUUUAUGUGUAUUCAGUAUACUUUAUUAAACAAGGUAUUCUGUACAAGCGACUAUAUUACAAAAUAAAAUUGUUUGAUUCAUACUGAUGAAUUUUUAAGUACGAAGUAUCUGUAAGGUAUCUGUAAGGUGUUAUUCAAUUAUUUUAGCAACACACGUGAAUGGAUGAUAUGCGAAUAUACAAACGUACAUUUAGAAAUAAUAUAGACUGGAACUUAUGUAAAAUAUACAUUUUAAAUCGA